AUUAUUUCUACUGGUUAAAAAAACAUAGUAUCAGACAGACAUCAAAGAGACUAAUAUGAGACAUACUCUCCUCGUUAAUUCCUCGUUUGUUUCUUGGAAAUUUUCACCACCCAGAAAUUUCAGCAUCAUCAACAACAACAAAAACACUAGAAGAACAAAAUCAUCAAUCAUAAGAUGCUCAUCCGACAACCCUCAAAACCAACAGCAACUAAAUCUAUCUGUUCUUCGCUUCACGUUAGGGAUACCUGGGUUAGAUGAAUCUUAUCUACCCAGAUGGAUUGGCUAUUCUUUUGGAUCUCUAAUCAUUCUGAAUCAUUUCCUGACUCCAAAUUCAACACCUGCACAACUUACAACGGAGGCUGUUGGUCUUUCUUUGGCUGCAUUUUCUGUCGUGCUUCCUUACCUUGGCCAGUUCCUUAAGGGUGCUAAUCGGGUGGUUAACGCAACCAUCCCUGAAGGGGCUAAUCAGAUAUUUGCCAUUUCACCGAAUAUAUCCGAUACUAUAAAAGAGGAUUUAGCUUGGGGUUCUUACACUUUAUUGCGUAACACAAAUAGCAUUUCUGUGCUAAUAUCCAUCCAUGAUGUAUUGUGCGUACGUGGCUACUGGAACACUCCCAAUGGCAUCGAUUUUUCAAAAGAUAAAGCAGUUGAUUGGUUUAAGGAACAAAUACAACUGAACGGACUCUCUAAUCUGAGAGAUACCCUUUAUUUUCCUCAGAAAACAGAUACCGAGAUCUGGGAGAUGCUUCCGGAUGGGACACGUUCUCUUUUGGUCUUGCCUUUGCUUAAUAGUGUAGCUGAAGAGGGGAACCCUACAGACAAGAUUGCAGGGUUUGUGUUGUUGGCAUCUAGCAUCGAUUAUGCAUAUAGCAACAAAGACAGAGCCUGGAUAGCAGCCAUUGCUCAAAAGUUUUGAGGUUUCUUCAUCGUGCUAUGGUUGUUAGCAGUUUAUCGAGAACCUCGUGACUCAAAAUAUUGUGGACUGCCAUGGAUUAAAUAUUAUCAGUUUACUUUCUUAAAAGAUGGAUCGGUGUUUUGUGACAUGUAUGCGUUUGUGUCACGCGAAAGUACAAAAUUGGAAGGCUUGCAAUUCAUGUUCAAAUGUUUACUCCUUCAACAAUGGUCCAGGCAGCAGAUUGACUAUAUCUUCCAGACUGGAUACAGGUUUGAAAUGGGUCCAAUUAGAAACUUCUUUUGAACGAUCUUUCUCUAUUAUUAUUCUUUACAGAUGGCAAUGGCGCAUAUUGUAUAACGUAUCAGAACCACUGGAUGUGAUAUUUUGGCCUUUUCCCUCUCAAAUAUUAAUGAUAAUAAUUUAAGUAA